AUGGGGGAGACUAACAAGCCCUUCAAGGGAAAGGUCCUUCUAACAGGAGGCAGUGGGUUCAUCGCCUCGCAUAUUCUCGACGUAUUGCUGGAGGCUGGGUUCGAGGUGGUCGCGACUGCUCGAUCUGAUGCAAAGGGUCAUGGCAUCGUGGAAGGGGUGAAACCAGCAUUUCGGAGCUCGGCGACAUAUUCCAUUGUGGCAGAUGUUGCCAAAGAGGGCGUGUUCGAUACUGUGCUACGCUCCCAUGGCCCCUUUGACUAUGUUAUCCAUACCGCAUCGCCUUACCAUAAUAAUGUGCAGGACCCAGUGAAGGAUUUUCUAGAUCCCGCCAUCAAAGGGACAACCGGGCUCCUCAAGUCCAUUCGGGAGAACGCCCCCACCGUCAUGCGAGUCGUUUUCCUCUCUUCCUCGGCAGCAAUUUUAAAUCCUGGGAAUCACGCAAAGGUAUAUGAUGAGACGUAUUGGGCGCCCAUGACCUGGGAAGAAGCUAUGGUGCCCAAGAAUACUUAUAGAGCCAGCAAAAUCUUCUCCGAAGAAGCCGCCUGGAACUUCAUCUCUCAUGAAAAACCCUCUUUCGAUCUCGCCACCAUAAACUGCACCUUUAAUUUCGGGCCCAUCCAACGUGCGCUCCCCCACCUCGACAAUAUCAACACCUCCAACCAACGCAUCCGGGAUAUGGUUCUGGGCCGCAUGAAAUUCGGCCUGGAGCCUACAGCCCCAGUAUUCACUUUUGUCGACGUGCGCGAUGUUGCAGAAGCACAUCUCGUAGCCAUGCUUUUGCCCGAGGCGGGUGGCGAGAGGUUCUAUGUCGUCGGUGGGUAUUUCUCAAAUAAGCGGAUUGUCGAUAUCAUUCGGGAGAAGUUUCCCGAGCUGGGGGAUAGAUUGCCCGGGGGAGGAGAAGGUCUGGGCUCAGAAGACUUGAAGGAUGAUUUCCCUGAGGAUGUGUAUGGGUUUGACAAUUCUAAGUCGAGGAGGAUGUUGGGGUUGAAGUACAGGGGGUUGGAGAGGGUGGUGGUGGAUACGGUGCAAUCUAUGCUCAAUCGAGAAGGAGGCUUGGAGUAUGAUUUCUAG